AUGCGAGAACAUCGGCCUCCAAAAUGCACACCCUCUGGCGUAGUUAAACUCAAUGCCAGCUCGAGACUCGCAAGCCGCAGGUCGUCGGCUGGUGCCAUCACACAAGGGCAUACAACAAAAUGGCAGAUCGCGCAGCAAACAUCGCAAUGGAUUCGUAUCGAUCCCAACAAUGCGAAGCAAACACCUCUCAUUCAAACUGGGAGGCCAUUGCGGAACACAUCGACCAAGAUCUAUAAUACUAGCUCCAAGUUUUGGGUUGCAGGUCUCAGCUGUCUUAGAUGGAACACCGUUCUAGAGAAGCUAUAA